AUGGACGAUUUUCCAUGGGAUCAGGUGAAAGCUGGAGACCUGGAGACUCUGCGGGUCGUUCUCUUCUCGAGUUCGACUUCUCGUAGAAUUCGUGCUCUCCAGGAUCUCCGCGAUCGAAUCGGGUCUGAAUUUCCCCCAGAAACCCAUCAGGCCCUCAUUGGCCUUCUCUUUCAGACCUACCCUCUCUACGUCGACCGUGCCUCUCGUCAUGCCGCCCAGCAAUGCCUCCGGCCGCUUCUGAAGGCGCCCGUUCCGACCGACGACGUCAAGUACCUCACCCAGAAACUCCAGGCGGAGGCCUCCAAACCCGGUCUAGCUUCCAGUUCCGCCUUUGUGCUGCUCGAGUGGUGCUCGGCCGUGCUACAGAUCUUGCGAAAUGACCCCGACACCCAGCUUGCGGUCGUUUUGGACAUACUCGCCGUGGAUGCGAAAGCGCUGGAGACCUGUCUUGCGGCGGGCCCAAGACCUGCCGUGAAGCAGUCAGCUCUCCGGGUCACCCGGCGUGCUCUGCGAGCGGUGUUUUCAUCGGAGAAGUAUGGGGAGGAGGCCGUCCGCCAGUCGGUCCGUCGAUUGACCAGUGAUUCGGCCACCGGACAGAAGAAUGCACCGUUCCUCGGCGUCAUUUCCGGAGUCUGCGCCCGUCUCCCGUCCCGGAAGCCUAUUCUUGAGGAGGAGGAGAAGAAGGCAAUUCUGGCGUUCUACGUCAAAGAGCUAGUGGGUUCCAAGACGGCGCCGCCGGCCCAUAUCGCCAGCUCCUUGUUCGACUUCUUUGUCGACUUCGUUUCCUAUGAAGAUCUGACAUCUGAGGUUAUCCCUCCGCUUGAGAAGUCCAUCCUGCGGUCACCCGAGGUGGUUUUCAGCGGAUUGGUGCCCUCGCUUUGCUCCGCGUUACCCGCUCAGAUCGACUUGUCCGAAGUCCUGCAGUCCCGGCUGUUGAAGCACCUGCUCUCGAGCAUGAAGUCGAACAAUGCCGCCAUCAGACAAGGCGCCGUCAACUCCUUCGAAUCGUUGCUUGCGAAAUCGAAGAACGAGACCUUACUGGUGAAAAUUGCGGGCGAGGUCAUUAGCCCUCUCAAGACGCAAAAAAUCACGAACCCAGAGCAACGCGCCGCUUAUGCCCAGGCGCUUUCGGCCAUCCACCCCUCUGUCGAGGUCUCCAAGGACGUGAUUCAAGGUUUUGUUCCUGUUCUUUCUAAGGAGGCCAACGAGGCUGCUCUGGAGCAGGAGAUCGCUACUUUCUGCAAGCACCUGACUUUCCUGGUUCAAUCCAAGGUUAAAAUCAGCGAUGAUGUGGCAAACGCCAUUGUCAAAGGAGCGGCGGAGAAGCGCGUUCCAUUUCGGAAGCUCUGGCAGCUCAAUGUCGGUGAGGUCUUCUGGCGCGCUGAUGCCUCGACGCUGGUCACUCCCGAGAUCGAGCCCCUCUCAAACAAGUUCAUCAGCAAGAUGAAGGACCUGUUUAAGGAAGUGGCAUCAAAUCCCUUGCCCUCCGCACAGAGCGGGACCUUGUCAACCGCGUAUGUGUUCCUCGCGAUCGCGGAGCGACUGUCGUCCGUACAGGGCUUUGAUAAGGCGUCUUGGGAGGAGACUGUCACCCAAACGAUGGUACUCAGUCCGAAGCCGUCUUUCCUUCUAAACCCGAAGGCGUAUACGAAAUUGACGUCUCAAGCGGAAGUGCAAUGGGUGGUUCGGGCCCUGGCCGCUGUUGCAACCAGUGCGAAGUUUGAGAAGGCCGAAGAGGCAGCUAAAACCGCAUGGGGCCAGGCGUUCAUCUUCACAAUCUCCGUACCCGGUGUCCAUACGAACUUCAGGGACCAAUCAGCUGCUACACUGUCAAGUGUCCAUCUUAGAAACGUUAAGAGCAUGGGCCACAUCGUGAUCGACGCUCUCUGGGCCUGGAUUCUUGCCCUCCGCACCGGCGAGAAAGAAUCUGCGCCGGUCUCUGCCGGGCUGGAGAGCUCGCGUUUCUUACAUCUAGUCACGAAGGCGAUUUCUCCCCUGCCUGUUGAUGUGCAGAAAUCGGACGAUGUGAUCGCAGACUUGAAGAUGCAGUUCGUCGAGCUCCUUGUUCUCUGUCGGCAAGAGUUGAUUCCAAGCACUUCCUGGAUUGCCUUAUGCUUGCGAAGUGGCAUUGAUCCUGGAAACCUCGUUCGCGAGUUCCCUGAUGAUUGCAUGAAGCAAUUGACUCAGGUGCACGAUGACGUAGUGAAGUCUAAAGUACCCCAGAUCGAGGCUGCUCUGUGGAGCGCCGCCGGAGAUCUGGCAUUCGUGGCCCCGGACACCAUGGUUCCUCUGCUCGUCAAGCAGAUCAGCGAUGAUCUAGAUGCCUCCCGUCUGUCGAAGUUCACGCCAACCGAUGCUGCCAUCGCCCGUACCCCAGAGGGCACCAUGUUCGUUGAUGUCCUUAGCACCAAGUCCAAGCAGGGUGCAUUUGACAAAAAUUCCAAGGACUACGACAUUCUCAAAUGGGAAGAAGAGCUCCGAGCGCAGCUGGCCGAGAAAAAAGGUCAGAAGCAGAAGAAGCUGUCUCCUGACGAGCAAUCCAAGGUAAAGGCUCAGCUGGCUAAGGAGGCGCAAAUCCGCGCAGACGUUCUCCGUGAGGUUCAGAGAAUCGAAAGAGGGGCCGGCAUCAUUCAGGGUCUGGCUAGUGGACCCGGUGUCGAAGCGGAAGGCUGGAUCAACACGGCAGUUGGCUCUUUGUUGUCUCUGGCUCAGGCAGGUGUCGGAAUUUUCGCCGGAGAUGUGGUUUCGAAGGCGUAUAUCAAAUGCGCUGACAAACUGUCAACUCGUCUCGGGCCGUUGCGAUCGUUCGUUGGUAUCGCAACGCUCCGUGCCAUUGGGCAGAGUCAACUUCCUCCUGAAAUGGAAGUUGAGCCUCUUGGACAAUUGGUGACUAGAAUCCUGUAUCGUCUGCGUUUCGCAUCCGACAGUCGCCCCUUUGAGACGACUUCUUUGGCCUACAUUCUGCCGUUGAUUUUCUUGGUCUUGAAUCGCAACGGCAUUGAAGAAGUCAAGGGUGAGGAGGGCGAGCAAGUUCUGCUUGCUCUCGAGUUCUUGAAGUUCCAUGCGGGAUCCUUUGCCGACGAACGUCUGCCUCGUUUGGAGAGCCUCGACCAAUUGCUUACGGCAAUGCAGAAAUACACUCAGCACUACAAACUCAUUAAGGAAACUCUGUUUGAUUUCUGCCGCUGUGUCUCACCGAACAUCACCAUGGAUGAACUCACUGUUCUUCUCAAGGGCACCAUUGUCUCCGACGUGUCGGUGCGUACAUCUGUUUUGCAGGUCAUUUCCACUGAAAUUGACUUGACGGACCUUGACUUUUCCGAACACAUCUGGCUGGAAUGCCACGACCAUGUGGAGGAAAAUGCCGAAAUCGCCGAGACGAUCUGGGAAGAGAACGCCCUCGAAGUGGAUGAGACGGCUUACGAGAAGAUUAUACCAUACCUUGCGUCCCAGGACUCUCAACUCCGCGGUGCUGCUGCUCGUGCCUUGGCCCAUGCUAUCGAGUCCAAUCCAUCAGUCUUUGGCAAGAUUGUCUCGGAACUGCAGGCCAAGUAUGAAUUCGAAGCGAGGCCCAAAGAGCCUGCCAAGGACAAGUAUGGCAUGCCCAUUAAGAUGGACUUGACCGAUCACUGGGAAUUCCGUAGCGGUAUUGCGCUCGCCUUCAGUGCCAUGACCGAUGGAUUUGAAGGCGACCAGAUUGUUGAGUUCCUCAGAUUCCUGAUCGAGAGAGGCCCCCUCAUCGACCGCAGCUCCACCGUCAGAACCCAGAUGGCCGACAGUGGUAGAUCCGUCAUCGCCUCGCGUGGCCAAGAGAAGGUUGAGGAACUGAUGAAGCUCUUGGAGACUACAUUAGAGACAUCGGACAAGGGAAGCGAAACCUCUGACCUGCUCAAUGAAGCAGUGGUUGUUCUCUAUGGAUCUCUAGCUCGCCAUCUGAAAGCAGACGAUCCGCGCUUGCAGACGGUCAUCAAGAGACUCCUUGCUACUCUUCCCACUCCUUCUGAGAGUGUGCAGUCUGCUGUUUCGGGAUGUCUUCCGCCUCUAAUCAGACUUUCUGGUUCCCAGAAUGCAGGAUACGUCCAGGAAAUGAUGGAUCAGCUGCUUCAGACCAAGAAGUACGCCACCCAGCGUGGUGCAGCCUAUGGUCUUGCGGGUAUCGUGAAGGGCAGAGGUAUCUCUACCCUCCGCGACUUCAGAAUUAUGGCGCAUCUGCAGGAUGCCACUGAGAAUAAGAAGGAGCCGCAUCAAAGACAAGGCGCCCUGUUGGCCUACGAACUUUUUGCUACUAUCCUUGGCCGCACGUUUGAACCCUACGUCAUCAAGAUUGUGCCUCAGCUGCUGGCCCUCUUUGGAGAUGUCAAUGCAGACGUUCGCGAUGCCUGCCUUGACGCGGCAAAGGCGUGCUUCUCCAACCUCAGCUCUUACGGUGUGAAGCAGAUUCUUCCUACACUUCUGGAUGGACUCGACGAUACGCAAUGGCGUAGUCAAAAGGGAGCCUGUGAUCUUCUCGGUGCCAUGGCCUAUCUCGACCCACAGCAACUGGCGGCUAGCUUGCCUGACAUUAUUCCUCCCCUUACGGUGGUCCUCAAUGACACACAUAAGGAGGUCCGUAACGCUGCGAACCGCAGUCUUCAGCGGUUCGGAGAAGUCAUCAGUAACCCUGAGAUCAAGAGUCUGGUCAGUGUUCUCCUCAAGGCGCUCAGUGAUCCCACGAAGUUUACCGAUGAGGCCCUGGACUCCCUCAUCAAGGUGUCAUUUGUCCAUUAUCUGGAUGCUCCUUCUCUGGCUCUCGUCGUUCGUAUUCUUGAGCGCGGUCUUAGCGACAGAUCAAACACCAAGAGGAAGUCUGCCCAAAUUAUUGGUAGCUUGGCGCAUCUUACUGAGCGCAAGGACCUUACCGCGCACUUGCCUAUUAUCGUCUCCGGAUUGCAGCUUGCCAUUGUGGAUCCGGUGCCCACAACUCGUGCUACCGCCUCCAAGGCUCUCGGCUCGCUUGUUGAGAAGCUUGGGGAGGAUGCUCUGCCUGAUCUCAUUCCUAACCUUAUGUCUACUCUCAAGUCUGAUACCGGUGCUGGUGAUAGAUUGGGAUCUGCUCAAGCCCUGUCCGAGGUUCUUGCGGGCUUGGGUACGACCAGACUGGAAGAGACCCUCCCAACCAUCUUGCAGAAUGUGUCCAGCUCGAAGCCCGCUGUUCGUGAAGGCUUCAUGACUCUCUUCAUCUUCCUUCCCGCCUGCUUCGGUAACAGCUUUGCUACCUACCUCGGCAGAAUUAUUCCUCCUAUUCUCGCUGGUUUGGCUGAUGAUGUUGAUUCCAUUCGUGAGACCUCACUCAGAGCCGGUCGCCUUCUGGUCAAGAACUUCUCUUCUAAGGCUAUCGAUCUCCUUCUUCCAGAGCUUGAGCGCGGUCUUGCGGAUGACAGUUACCGCAUCCGGUUGAGUUCCGUGGAGCUGGUCGGAGAUCUUCUCUUCAGCAUCACUGGUAUCACCGCCAAGGCGGAUGCCGAAGAGGAGGAAGAGGAGGCCCACCAGGCAGGACAGUCCUUGCUCGAAGUCCUUGGAGAGGAACGGAGAAACAAGGUCUUGUCUGCGCUGUUCAUUUGCCGCUGCGAUACUUCUGGUCUGGUCAAGAGUGCGGCCAUGGCCGUGUGGAAGUCUUUGGUCGCUUCUCCCAAGACCCUCAAGGAGAUGGUGCCCACCCUCUCCCAGCUCAUCAUCCGGCGCCUCGGUUCCUCCAACAUGGAGCACAAGGUCAUCGCAAGCAACGCGCUUGGAGACCUUAUCAAGAAGGCUGGCGAAUCUGUGCUCGCUACGUUGCUGCCCUCUCUCGAGGAUGGUCUUCAGACCUCGCCCGAUGUGGACGUCAAACAGGGUAUUUGCAUUGCUCUUAGAGAGCUUAUCACCUCCGCAUCGCCCGAAGCCCUUGAGGAUUAUGAGAAGGUGCUCAUCUCGACCGUCCGUGUGGCGCUGGUUGAUCACGAUGAGGAUGUCCGUGAGGCUGCCGCUGAGGCUUUCGAUGCCCUGCAACAGAUCCUGGGCAAGAAGGCUGUUGAUCAAGUUCUGCCUCACCUUCUACUCCUUCUGAGAAAUGAUGAAGAUGCUGAGCAGGCUCUGUCUGCCCUGUUGACUCUCCUCACGGAGCAGACGCGGGCCAACAUCAUCCUUCCCAACCUCAUUCCGACACUGCUCACCUCGCCUAUCUCGUCGUUCAAUGCCAAGGCACUUGCUUCUCUUGCCGAAGUGGCAAGCUCUGCGAUGACUCGCAGAUUGCCCACUAUUCUCAAUGCCCUCAUGGACGAUAUCCUUUCCACCAAGGAUGAGGAGCACCGCGAGGAACUGAACAGCGCGUUCGACACGAUCCUUGUAUCCGUGGAUGAAUACGAUGGUCUUAACGCCAUCAUGAACACCAUGCUCACACUGAUGAAGCACGACGAUCAUAACCGCCGUGCUCAGGCAGCCGUGCAUCUCAAGAAGUUCUUUGCCGAAUCUGAAAUCGACUUCUCUAGAUACUACCCGGACCUGAUCCGCGCCUUGCUUAUUUCGUUCGACGACCGAGACAAGGAGGUUGUCAAAUCUGCCUGGGCCGCAAUGAGCGGACUCACCUCCCACCUGCGCAAAGAGGAAAUGGAGGUGCUGGCGAUCCCCACGCGCCAGGUCCUCAAGGGGGUUGGUGUUGCUGGCGCAGACCUUCCUGGUUUCUGCCUGCCCAAGGGUAUCACGGCAAUCCUACCGAUCUUCUUGCAGGGUCUUCUCAACGGCAGUGUGGAGCAGCGUACGCAGUCUGCUCUAGCCAUUGGCGAUAUCAUCGACCGCACAGGCGCCGAUUUCCUGAAGCCAUUUGUCACCCAGAUUACUGGUCCUCUUAUUCGAGUCGUUUCCGAGCGCUCUGUGGAGAUCAAAUGUGCUAUCUUCUUCACACUCAACAAGCUGUUGGAGAAGAUCCCACUGGCCGUGAAGCCCUUCCUGCCCCAGCUCCAGCGUACAUUCGCUCGAGGUUUGGCCGACACGACCAGCGAGACCCUGCGCAACAGAGCCGCCAAGGGUCUUGGUAUCCUGAUCACAUUGACCCCCAGAGUCGAUCCCCUCAUUGCAGAGCUUAUCACUGGUACCAAGACGCCGGACGUUGGCGUGCGGAAUGCCAUGAUGAAGGCUCUCCAAGAAGUCGUUGGCAAGGCUGGCUCCAACAUGAGCGAGGCCUCGAAGAACGCUAUCCUUGCGCUUAUUGAUGAUGAUGCUAGUGACCAGACAGACGCUGUGUCUAUCACCAACGCGCGACUCCUUGGUGCGCUUGUCAAGGUCCUGCCGCCUGCGACGUCAGGCCCGCUCAUCAAGAACCGCGUCCUUACAACGCAUUUCACGCAUGCAUCUGUUCUGGGACUCAACGCCUUGCUGGUCGAGUCUCCGACAAUCCUGACCGAGAACUUUGCAGCUGAGACCCACUCAAUCAUCUGUCAGGGUAUCGCUCACAAGGAUGUGAACGAACACCGCAGCUUCGAGUCAAACAAGGCGAUCUUCGAGGCUCUGGCGCCAUGCAUCCAGCCCGGCGCUCCUUCUGACACGAGGCGGUUGGUUCUGGUCGUGAUCCGAACUGUCAGUCGGCUGCACCCCGAACUGACGCGGCCUCACCUGGCGCUUCUGGCGCCACCCAUAUUCGCCAGCGUUCGCGACGUGGUCAUCCCCGUCAAGCUGGCGGCCGAAGCCGCCUUCCUGUCACUGUUCUCUGUGGUUGAGUCCGAGAGCGCAGUGUUCGACAAGUACAUGGCCGGGCCGGGCGCGGAGCUGCCUCCGGGGCCGAAACGGAGCAUGUCGGACUACUUCAAGCGUGUUGCAGUGCGACUGGCGAACCAAGCCCGUGAGCGCAAGGAGGCGGAAGGUGGACAGGGAGGACUGGGCCUGUCCAAUGAUGAGGUGGAUGAUGAGAAGGAAUUGUGGAGCAUUGGAAAGUUCUGCUCUGCGAUGUUACAAGAGCUAGAUCUAUACCCUGUGGUUGGGCUCUACAUGGAUGAGAAUGCUAGAAAGCAGGUCUCGAAAUCCAACCCCGUCGACCGAGUGCAACGAACAUCAUCCGCCAACGACCGUCGAUACGCCGACAUCAAGAUGGUCAACCUUCGCACCCAGAAGCGCCUCGCCGCCUCCGUGGUGGGCUGCGGCAAGCGCAAGAUUUGGCUCGAUCCCAAUGAGAUGACCGAGAUCUCCAACGCCAACUCCCGCCAGACCAUCCGCAAGCUCGUCAGCGAUGGCCUCAUCAUCCGCAAGCCCGUGACCAUGCACUCCCGCUCCCGUGCCCGUGAGCUCAACGCGGCCCGCAGAAUCGGCAGACACCGCGGUCUGGGUAAGCGUAAGGGUACCAAGGAGGCCCGUAUGCCCAGCCAGGUCCUCUGGAUGCGCCGCAUGCGUGUUCUCCGUCGUCUCCUCGUCCGCUACCGUGCCGCCGGCAAGAUCGACAAGCACCUCUACCACGAGCUCUACCACCUGAGCAAGGGUAACACCUUCAAGCACAAGCGCGCCCUCAUCGAGCACAUCCAGAAGGCCAAGGCCGAGCGCCACCGUGAGCGUGUGCUCAAGGAGGAGAUGGAUGCCAAGCGUGCCAAGAACAAGGCUCUCCGUGAGCGUCGCCAGGAGCGCCUGGAGGCCAAGCGCAACGCUCUGGCCGGCGAGGCUCAGGAGUAA